AUGGCUGAAAUUGCCUACAGUGUCGCAGGGAAGGUCCUAGAGCAGCUUGGAUCCCGUACUUUCCAAGAAAUCAGCUCAGCAUGGGGUGUCCGAAGUGAUCUGAAAAAGCUUGAGGACAUAGUCUUAGCCGUUAAAGCUGUACUCUGUGAUGCUGAGGAGAAGCAAGCAAGUGACCAAAGGCUAAGGACUUGGUUAGGGAAGCUCAAAGAUGUCCUUAAUGAUGCGGAGAAUGUGCUGGAUGAAUUUCAGUACCGAGUCCUCCAGAAGGAAGUGAUGAAGAGAUAUUGGAGCACUAGCAAAAAGGUGCGUUAUUUCUUUUCUUGUCCUAAUCCACUUGUAUUUCGUUUUGAAAUGGCACAUAAAAUCAAGGAUAUUAGGGGGAGGGUAGAUAAUAUUGCAGCUGAUAAGGAUAAAUUCAACCUUGCUCAAGCAUUUGAAGAUAGGAAGAUUACAAUGCAUGGGCGGGACAUGACCCACUCCUUUGUUCAUUCUUCUGAUGUCAUCGGUAGGGAUGAUGAUAGAGAAAAGAUAAUACAUCUUUUAAUGGAACAAGAUGCUGGCAGAAAUGUCAGUGUAAUUCCCAUAGUUGGGAUUGGAGAUUUGGGGAAGACCACACUUACCAAGUUGGUGUAUAAUGAUGAACGGGUAGCUAGACAUUUUCAAUUGAGAAAAUGGGUGUGUGUGUCUGAGGACUUUGAUGUUAGAAGUUUGAUAAUAGAAAUUAUUAAAUCUCAUGUUGGUUCAAUUAAUGAGAAUUUGAGCAUAGAUCAGUUGCAAAUUCUCUUAAGAGAACUUUUAAAAGAUAACAAAUUUCUACUUGUCUUGGAUGACGUUUGGAAUGAGGAUCGUAAUAAAUGGAUGGAAUUGGAAGAUUUGUUACGUGAUGGUUACAAUGGAAGUAAAAUCAUAGUAACAACACGAAAUAACUCGGUUGCUACAAUUAUGGGUACUGUUCCCACAUACCAUUUAGAUGGUCUAUCCAAUGAGGAGUGUAUGUCUUUGUUUGUGAAAUUGGCGUUUAAGGAAGGAGAAGAAAAACAGUAUCCAAACCUCUUAGAAAUUGGGAAUGACAUUGUUAAAAAAUGUAAAGGGGUUCCAUUGGCAGUGAGGACUUUAGCCAGCCUACUUUAUUCAAAAGUUGAUGAAAGGGAGUGGAAAUCUAUUAGAGAUAAUGAGAUAUGGCAUUUAAAACAGAAUGAGGGUGACAUCUUACCUGCAUUGAGGUUGAGUUACAAUCAAUUGCCAUUUCACUUGAAGCAAUGCUUUGCCUACUGCUCUCUUUUCCCAAAGGAUUAUGAAUUCAAAAGUCUUCUUUUGGUUCAAUUUUGGAUGGCACAUGGACUUCUUCAAUCACCUGACAAUGAAAAUCAAGAUUUGGAAGAUAUUGGUAACUUGUAUAUCAAGGAGUUAAUGUCAAGAUCUUUGUUUCAAGAUGUAUAUCAAGACACUGUGUUAUUUUAUACCUUUAAAAUGCACGAUCUUGUCCAUGAUCUUGCACUCGCAAUUGCCAAAGGUGAGUGUUUGGUAGUGACCAAGAAGUCCUCCGUUUCUGCAGGAGUUUGUCAUUUGUCAAUUUCGGAGAAUGGGCAAGAAGUUACAACACAAUUAGAGAGGUUGAGCAAAGUUCAGACUAUUAUUUUCAAAACAGAGCAACACAUGUCCAUACUUGAAACAUGUAUCUCAAGAUUUAAGUACUUGCGGGUGCUUGAUCUGGAAAAUUCAUCCUUUGAGGUGUUGCCAAAUUCUAUUGGAAGUUUGAAACAUUUGAGAUAUCUCGACCUAUCAGAGAAUCGCAGAAUCAAGCAACUUCCAGAUUCCAUUUGCAAGCUACACAGUUUGCAAACUUUACUGCUUGGUGGUUGCAGCAAUCUUGAAUGGUUGCCCAAAGGUAUAAGGGACAUAAUCAGCCUCAGGUUUUUGGUUGUUACAACAAAGCAUACCUGCUUGUCGGAGAAGGCAGUGGGUUGCUUGGAUUCUCUUCGAUUUUUGUUGAUAGUUGGAUGUGAGAAUCUAAAAUGUUUGUUUGAAGGGAUGGAGGGGCGCCUCACCAAUCUUCGAACAUUGGUUGUUGGAGGUUGUCCAAGUUUGACUUCUUUAUCACUCAGUAUCAAACACCUAACUGCCCUAGAGACCCUGGGAAUUGGGGAUUGUAUAGAGCUUAGUUUGAUGGAGAUGGAGGGAGAAGACAAUCAAGAUCUCAAGUUGAGCCUCCAGAAUUUGAUGAUUGAAGGUUUACCUAAGUUGGAGGUUUUGCCCCAAUGGCUCCAAGGAUCUGCAAACACUUUACAACAGCUUUUGAUUGGAGAAUGUGAAAAUUUGAAGGCUUUGCCGGAGUGGCUACCACGUCUAAAAUCACUUCACACACUUCGGAUUGUCGAAUGCCCUAAGUUGUCAUCUCUCCCGGAGGGGAUGGAAGCUCUCACUGCACUAAGACAAUUGGAGAUCACAGAUUGUCCUGAUUUGAGUAGAAAAUGCAGAGAAGAAGAUUCGCACAAGAUUGCUCAUGUACCAAAGAUUGAACUCGACGAGGAUAGUUGAAGUUCAUGGUCAUCAUCAGAAGAAGAGGUAAGGGUAGAUCUGUCUUCUUGUUCUUCUUUCUUGUGUUAGUAAAAGUAUUGUUCUAUUCUUAACGUGGUUGAUUCUUUUCCAUCUAUAUUUUUGUUCUUUGUACUAUUUAAUUAUUUAUUAUGGUUUAUAUAUUUU